CCGCCCCCGCUGGAGAGCUGGGCACGGAUCUAAGACCAACCGGCCCCCACGCAGGGCCAGCUCAGUCGCCGCCGCCUGUUCACAAAGCCACAGGCAGGUGCAGAGGACGCAGCCGCUGCGCGAGCGGGCAGAGCAGAGCCGUUCGCGAGCGCGCGGUCUGUCUGUCCGUGCGUCCCGGCGUCCGUGAGUCGGCGCGCCGCAGCUCCAGCCCAGGCCCAGCGUCCGCAGCCCCUCGUCGUCCCCGCACCCGGUGCCUCCCAGCAGAGCCGGCUUUGGCGCGGCAGCCAUGUCCAUGGGCCUGGAGAUCACGGGCACCUCGCUGGCCGUGCUGGGCUGGCUGGGCACCAUCGUGUGCUGCGCGCUGCCCAUGUGGCGCGUGACAGCCUUCAUCGGCAGCAGCAUCAUCACGGCACAGAUCACCUGGGAGGGCCUGUGGAUGAAUUGCGUGGUGCAGAGCACCGGCCAGAUGCAGUGCAAGGUGUACGACUCGCUGCUGGCGUUGCCGCAGGACCUGCAGGCGGCCCGUGCCCUCAUCGUUGUCGCCAUCCUGCUGGCUGCAUUUGGGCUCCUCGUGGCGCUCGUGGGCGCUCAGUGCACCAACUGCGUGCAGGACGACACUGCCAAGGCCAAGAUCACCAUCGUGGCGGGCGUGCUUUUCCUGCUGGCCGCCCUGCUCACCCUCAUACCGGUGUCCUGGUCGGCCAACACCAUCGUCCGGGACUUCUACAACCCCCUCGUGCCGGAUGCUCAGAAGCGCGAGAUAGGCGCCGGCCUGUACGUGGGCUGGGCGGCCGCAGCGAUGCAGCUGCUGGGGGGCGCGCUGCUCUGCUGCUCGUGCCCGCCGCGCGAGAAGAAGUAUGCGCCCGCCAAGAUCCUCUACUCGGCGCCGCGCUCCACGGGGCCGGGCACUGGCACCAGCACAGCCUACGACCGCAAGGAUUACGUCUGAGGGGCAACAGCGCGUAGACCCCACCACCCCCACGUGCUGCAGCGCCCAUCAGUCCAGCAAGCCGCCUUGCGUGGGAGAGCAGCCCACCCCAGAUGUCAGGCAGCCCCUCUCGCUGGACUGGGAGGGGCCAGCCCAGCGUCCCUUUUCCCCAGCUGCCACCCCUUCGGGGACAGGGAGCAGGACAGCGGAGGCCGGGGACCAGCCCGCAUAGACAAUGAAACCUCCGCCUCUGGAGCACGGGGUAGAGUGGCCCCCCUACUUGCCCUCCCACUUGGGCCGCGGCCCCAAAGCCCGCGUUGGGCAGAGACGGGCCGUCUUGAAAAGGGCCGCUUGAUGUUCUUUAAUAAAAGCCUUUCGUUUUGCAGUU